UGAUUUUACUUGGGGGGUCCACAUGGCUCAGGAGAUGUUGUGAAACCCUUGCACAUGACAGGAUUGCUCAUCACUAUCUUCAGAUUCAUCCACAGCUCUAUCAUUAAUACGGUGGCAGAAAAGACAUCACAUUCAUUUCUCAGCAGAAUAAGCACAGCUUCCUGUUACCAUGGAUAAACAGUCCACAGUGGUGUUUCGUAAUGUGGGGCAAUGGUACUUCCCCCAAACCAGAGUGGAGUGCCACUACAGUCUGACCUCCGACCAUCAGUGGAGCAGCAGUGACUGGAUAGGGAUUUUUGAGAUGGGCUGUUCUUCACUGAAACAGUUUUACACAUAUACAUGGGCUCUUGUUCCUGAAGGCUACACUGAGGGUACCAGUGUCAGCUGCUGGGUACUUUUCCCGGCACACUACCUGCCGCGCCCCAGUGCUGUGGAGUAUCAGUUUAUAUAUGUGGAUAAGAUGGGAAAGGCGUGUGCUCGUAGUCGCCCCUUCACUUUCUGUACUCCCAAGCCACUGGAGGAGUUGGAGACUCUGAAAGAGGAACAAGAUGAAGAUGACGGAGAGGAGGAGCUGCUCCUAGUCAUCCCCAGGUCUCAGCUGCUGCAGAGUCGGCUAGAGGAAUGCUUAAAAAAACAAGCGGAUAUACAGCAGGCUCUGGACACGGCUAAAGAGGAGGCAGAAAAUGAGAAAGAGAACAGCAGGAAAGCAAGGGAGAAGUGGGAGCGCCAAAGUGAAGCAAUGAAGGAGGAGAUCUCAGAGCUUAGGGACAGCUUGAGACAAAACUGUGACAUGUUGAAGAAGAUUGAUGGAAAACACAAGAAUGUGAAAUAUAGUCAGGAAAACCUGACCUCUGAACUGAGUAAACUCAUGGCUGAAAAUACUGAGAGUCAACAGCGAAUCAAAGACUUGGAGGAGGAAAUCAAGGGCCUGAAUGACAGGGAGAAAGAGGAAAAUGGGGAACUGGAAAGGCUGAAGGAGAGAGUGAAAAAAAACUCCAGUCAAAUGAAACACGAUGAGGAAAAGAGAAAGUGUCUGCAGGUGGAGAACGAGGCUGCUCUGGCGGAGGCACGAGGGCUGCAGGAGCGUCUGAAGGCUAGUGAGCAAGUAGCCGAGAGCCUGCGUAGGGAGCUGAGAGAGCUGGGAACACGUCAGGGCCAUACCCACACCGAGCUGCAUCAAGCACGGCUGCAAGUAGCCCAGCUCACCCUGCUGCUGUCUGAAGAGAACUUGGUCCUCAGGGAGGAGCGCGCCGACUGGGCUCUAGAGAGAGAAGCUUACAAACAUGCAGCAGAGACGGAUACAAAGAAAUUACAAGAACUGAGCUGUGAGGUGCAGAGGAAGGAGGAGUGGCUACAGGAGGAGAGGACAGAGAGGGAGAAACUAGAAGUAGAGCUUGGGCGAGAGAGAGAUUCCAAUCGAGUGCUGCUGAGUGAUACUAAGCGAGAGCUGCAGGAGCUGAAGGCCAGUGUGAAGAAAGCCCAGAAAGAGAGAGAGGAGCAGAAGGUGGAAAAACAGGAACUGGUGAACUACAUCCUUCAGUUAGAGCAGAGAUUGAGGAUGGUGACAGAAGCUAAAUCAAAUGGGAUAAUUCCAACAUGCAUCUCUCCUGGCUCUUCCUCUGAGGAUGACGAGGAUGCUUCCUCAGCGUCUCCCAGAUCAAUCUGUUCGCCUCUUUCCCAGUCCGCUCACCUGGAACGGCCCAACAGAGCUGAGCUCCUUGCUGCUGAGACACACAUCCACAGCAAAAAAGACACAUCAGCCUCUGACACACAGGAUUUGACAAGGCAGCACUGUGUGGAGUAUGGUGAAGGGAAGCAACUGGUCCUACUAGAACUCAUCGACCCCAUCCUGAGCGAGCUGGCCGACUCCCCCAUGUGGUAACAAAAGAAAGAUGGAUGGAAAGUUGCGUGUUUACCACUGUGAUGCAGGUUCAUGUGGGUCAUAAAAAAAACCUUGGAAUCAUUCUGUUUUGGUUUUGUAGCGUUUCAUGUAUAAAACGGACUUCACAAAGGUCAAAUUUAUAGUGCACAGGUUUUACCUCAUAGGUGUCCAUAUUCAAAGACAGUAGCACAAUGUAUGAGUCUUAAGUGCCCAGAGAUAGUAUGGCUAAUGGUGUUAUUACGGAUUAGUUAAACUCCUUUAGACUUAAAAAUAUAUUUCAGUUUAUUUUAGACUCCUUUUGUAAUCCCUAGAUUUUCUAGUUUUUUUUGCUGAUUGCAACUGUUUUGAGAAAAGUGAUGUUGAUGUCUUACUUAGCUUUGAUUUAAUACAUCUUGUUUUGGUAGCAUAUCUACAUAUCAGCCCGUAACCUCUGCAUGUGGGUGUGAAUCUUGAAACCGUGUCAAACGUGUGGUUGUGUGUGUGUUUACAGAAAAAAUGUGAAAUGUAGAGCUGCAUUUUGUGGAACACAGCGUCAGGUUUGAAGAACAUGAAAGUUAAUUUAUGAAUUUUUUGUUUGUUGAUCUGAGCUUCUGUUGAGGAGAUGGGGUUCUUCAAUAAAAUACGAUGAUAAAUACAUGUUGAUGGCAGUCUGUAUAUUACUUUCUGUGUAAAUGAUUGUAAAGUGAUGGCAAAGAAGAGGACAACUGGACGCUGAAAGGUCUAAGAACUAUCAGCGCCUUUUAUCAAAAUACAAGAGACAAUGAAAAGCAACAAA